AUGGCUGCCCGUACUCUUGAGGCGACUUUUGAGCGCAUGACGGUCAAUGAUGAGAAUGACGGUGAAAGCUCCAAGUCGUAUUCCAAGUCCAAGGCCGUGGUCACAACGACUUCAUCUAGCAGCCGACCCAACCUCUUCAAGGUUGCCCUCCAGUCUCACAGCGGAAAUGCCAACGCUCCCUCAUCACCUCCCCGGAAGGCCCUUCCUUCCUCGUCACGGACAUCAGAAGAGGCUGAAGAACAACGAGACUCGGUUGCUGCCCUCCCCGAGCCCUCUAUCCCCAAGCAACUCCAUCUGGGCAUGUUUGAGAUCGGCCGCGCCCUCGGCAAGGGCAAGUUUGGACGAGUCUAUCUAGCGAGGGAGAGGGCCUCGGGUUUCAUCUGCGCCCUCAAGGUCCUUUACAAGAAUGAGUUGAUCCAGCACCGAGUCGAGAAGCAGGUCCGAAGAGAGAUCGAGAUCCAAAGCAACCUGCGACACCCAAACAUUCUCCAGAUGUACAACUAUUUCCAUGAUAGCAAGCGAGUCAUUCUCAUCCUCGAGUUUGCUGGCAAGGGCGAGCUGUACAAGCACCUUCGACGAGAGAACCGAUUCCCCGAGUGGAAGGCGGCCCAGUACAUUGCUCAGGUCACCUCAGCCUUGCAAUACCUUCAUCGCAAGCAUGUCAUCCACCGAGACAUCAAGCCCGAGAAUAUCCUGCUCGGCUACCAUGGCGAAAUCAAGAUGUCGGACUUUGGUUGGAGUGUUCAUGCUCCUAACAACCGGAGAAAGACCAUGUGUGGAACUCUCGAUUACCUCCCCCCAGAGAUGAUCAAGCCCGGCACAUCCGACAACUACUACAACGAAAAGGUUGACCUGUGGAGCAUGGGUGUUUUGGCGUACGAGUUUCUCGUCGGCGAGGCGCCCUUUGAGGAUACCCCGAUCAUGACGCAGCGGAGGAUCGAAAGGGCUGAUAUGACGAUUCCUAAAUGGGUGAGCCCUGAGGCUACGGACCUCAUCAAGAGGUUGCUUGUGUUGGACCCUGAGAAGCGAAUCUCUCUCGAGCAGGUCAUGGAGCACCCCUGGAUCAUCAAGCACUGUGUCAAGGGAGAGCGGGCCUCCAACCGCGAAAAGGCACAGAAAUCUCUUGCCUAG